AUGAACAUCGAUCAGGCCAAAACGGUGCCCUUAUUGGGCGGCUUCCACGGAGGGGUGGGACCAGGAACCUUCCAGAAAAGAGGCUUUGUUACCACUGGUCUCCCUGGCCCCGUUCACCAGCAUCUGCCCUUCCACCUUCGUGGAGACCCUGGCCCUGCUUGCUUAUUGACUGACAGCUGCCUCUGCGCUCUGACCUUGCUGUGUCUGCUAGAUAUCAACCUGAACUCGCCUCACAAAGGCCUGCUGUCCGACUCCAUGGUGGACGUCCCUGUGGACUCGGGUGGGGCUGCCCGGGCCCCAGCCACCCCUGAGGGCCUGACGGAGGCUGAGGAGGAGGAGCUCCGUGCCGAGCUCGCCAAGGUGGAAGAGGAGAUCGGCACGCUGCGCCAGGUCCUGGCGGCCAAGGAGCGGCACUGCGGGGAGCUGAAGCGGAAGCUGGGCCUCUCGGCCCUCGAUGGGCUGCGGCAGAACCUGGCCAGGGGCUGGCAGGACGUGCAGGGCUCCAGCGCCUACAUGAAAACUUCUGAAAAACUCGGAGCGUGGAAUGAGAAAGUGACCCAGUCUGACCUCUACCGGAAGACGCAGGAGACCCUCUCGCAGGCGGGACAGAAGACCUCGGCAGCUCUCUCCACCGUGGGCUCCGCCAUCAGCAGGAAGCUUGGCGACAUGAGGGCCCAUCCCUUCUCGAACUCCUUUAGCAGCCACUCCAUCCGCCACUCCGUCAGCAUGCCGGCCAUGAGGAACUCUGCAGCUUUCAAGUCCUUUGAAGACCGUGUGGGGACCAUCAAGGACACGGACACAGCCAGGACACAAGACCCUCCGACCCACCAGGAACCCCCAGUGUCCUCGUAGAGUCCCCCUCCCCCCGCCCACUCCUCCUGCUCGGCUGGGUGACUACAUUUGGAGCCUGCCCAUGGAUGCAUCCGAGCCCAGUGGGACCAGCUGGGCGGGUCGCCCAGUGUGGUCUGCAGCCCCGUCGGAGGAGGCCCAGCUCUGCUCCCCCCUGGCCGUCUUCCCUUUGCAGUCUGAAGUUGCAGGUGGCAGAGAGAAUGGCAGCGAUCACCUUCCUUCUCCAGCUGGAAGUGGGGACAAGCCCCUGGUGGACCACGCCCCUUUCUAAGCCCCGACAGCUUUGCCCAGCCACGGAACACGCUCAAGCACCCCGAGCCCACCUCCAUUGCAGUGCACCCCCAGGAACACCUACCAUCCCCGGGGGUGAGGGGUGGGGGAGCAGCCAGCCCAUAUGAGGACAUGCGCCAGGCCACAUGGACCAGCUCGUCUCCAGCACGCAGGCGGUUGGAGUAGAUCACUGUGCCACCCUUCCUGGGGGUCUCCUGGCCCUCGAGCCCAUGGCCACACUCCUUGGCAGCAGGAUGCGAAGAUGCGGGGAGAGAAGUGGCUGUUCCUGGGCUGCCGCCUUGUCUACCACACCCAGGGGGACAUCACCUGAGCCACAGUUUAAUUCCAAAACGCCAAAAGAGAGGACUUGCACUCCCUCUGUGCCGUCCCCAGGAAGGACAGAUACCAUGUUAGCGGCCUCAUCGAUAUCCUAGCGAUCUAGCUUUAACGGAAGUAAAUCCUUUAUUUUUCAAAUACAGUGGACUUUUCAGAAAUUAAAACUGAGCAAAGCAGCUUUA